GCGCGUCUGAAAAGGGCUGGAAAAAUAUACACAGAGACAAGAGGGUAUACAAAAAGAAAACUACAUAUAAAAAAAGCCGCUGGGUAUUUUGGUGGCUUUACUAAACAUAUCUUAUCACAUCGUCCCAACUUCGGACCAACGUUGGAAAUGGGCUCCAUCUGCUUCGGCGGCCGGCUGUGACGCCAGUGGGGUUGCGCCGUGGGGGUUCGGCCUUGACCGGUGACGUCCGCCCCAGAUGGUGUGAUUGCUUGGCCUAGUUUAAACGGGCGUGUGUUGCGAUUCAGCGCGGCAAAAAAAUCUUUGCGCCGCGUCUCGAGUCAACCGGGACACCUGGGAAUCCAGGGGAAUCCGGACAUAUACAUGAUUUCUGUAGAAGACACAUCUGAUGGCAUUGGCUCCGUCUGGGAGAGACCAUGGGAUAACAACCAGGUUGGCAUGCCGGAGCGGUGACACCAGGUAUGUACACUGGUAGUAAGCCAUAAUACGAUGGCCCCAGCGCAAAUGGCGAAAUCGCAUGACUGGGCUGUGUCAUUUCCGUAGGCAAACUCGGCCACCGCUUAGCUUUUGCUUGGCUUGUACCACAGCUAAACCCGACCUGAUCGUCGUAUGAGGGCCUUAAAACCCCUACUCAGCCCUCGCUUCUCACUUUGUUCUGUCUCCCCCCUUUGCUUUCGUCUCACCUCAACUUUAAACUUGGACACACAAUUGGCCUACCUCGCACCCCCAAACUCUUUUGGUCAUCUGCAAUAGAACCAAGUCAACUUGGCCUUUCGAUUCGGUAGCCCACUCCUUUACACCAUGUCUGCCCAAGGACUCGCUGCCCUCAACCCCUCUGAGCCUCCCAAGCGGGCCUUGCCUAAAGACAGAGACGAUGCCCAGGAGUGGCAAGAGCACCGUUUCUUGAUCCAGUCGCCCUACUCUGAAAAGGAGCACCAGCUUGAUCUGCAGACGCUCAACCAUGAGAACAGGCUGCUGGCACAAGCGUUGCAAAGUCUAGAUGCCACCAGAGAGGACUAUGCCACUGCGGACUACGUAGACUCGUUCAACUGGACUGAAGUUUUGACUAAGUUGCAAACCCUGGCUCGGGAGUCCGGCAAAAAGUUCCACGAGUCGUCCUUUUACAUUGUGGCGUUCCGAUCCCAAAUCAAGCCGAGCACCGACUAUAGCCACCUGGGCGAACUCGACAAGGCUGCUCAUCGUGAGGCUGUUGAGAGCGGCGGUUUCCUCAAGUACUGGUUUGGAUCACCUGACUCUGACCUUCGCAACCUUGCCACCUGUGUUUGGAGGUCCCGUGAGGACGCCAUUAUUGGUGGCCGCGGGCCAGCUCAUAGAAAGGCGGCUGCAUCCACCAGGUCCUUGUACGCUUACUGGAAGAUUGACCAGCACCGCUUGACCAUUCAUGAGAACGCCGACAGCUGGGAGAUUGUUCCCUGGUCGGAGUAGGCGUCAAGACUCAGUGGCAUCUUGUGUUUUAGAGAUUGCAACACCCCCUCCUCCAAUGCCUAAAAGGCUUUUGGAGUCAUGAAAGACGAGCAUGUAUGGCGUUUUGUUUUUAAAAAGAGUUUCGGGUCUGUUUCCUGGCGUACAUCAUUCACUCAUACGAGGUUGACACAACGGCGUUUGUUUGUGAGGCAGUUUGUCUCCCUAGAGAAAAGAUUAUAUACUUCACGCAUUAGAACAAUUAGAAAAUAAAAACUUUUCUG